AUGAAAGUUAUGCCUAGCCACUUAGCUGUGCAGAACUCUGUUGGAACCGACGUUCACCAAGCUCUCGAUAGUCGUACAUGUUCGCCGAUGAACUCCCGCUCGUCGGGCCAACCGCAGAUUUCGAAAUCGCCAACGGCUCAUUCUCACCAAUGCGCGUCUUCUUCGCAACAUGCAGCGUCAGAGAUAGACGUUGUACAUGUUCUCAGUUAUAACGACGUUGUUCCCACACACUCUCGAUCAGUGGACUCCGGCUUGACACAUCGUCUCGAGUCACCCGCCAACCCAAACUUUGGUUAUCUACAUCAAGAUGAUGAGCGAAAUGAUGUCCCUACGGAGGAUUUUGGGGCAUACGACUACCUCCAAUAUGCCUCAUCGUAUCAGCCCAACAACUACGCAACAGAAGUUGAGGACUUCAACUAUCAUGGCGUGACGUUUGGUCAUCGCGCUGAGUCCUAUCCCGAGGAAAUAUCAGUUUACCAUCCGUCUUGCUUUCCCGUAUUCAUGAAUCCGGAAGCAUUUGUUGCCGAAGUGGCUUCCGACCCCAUCCUCCGAGGUGUUCUUGAAGCACUUUCCACAUCUCUCAACAUGCACCGUAGUCCUCAAGGUUGA